AUGAUAGAUGUACGAUCGGGCUUAGCUAAAAAGUUCAAAGAAAAAAAUCCGGCAAUGGUUAGUACACAUUGUGUUAAUCAUCGGCAAGCUUUGGCUUUCACAACUUUGCCACAGAAUUUAUGGCAGACUUUGGACUCGGCUAUAAGGAUUGUAAACUACAUCAAGAGCAGCGCUUUGAACAGACGUUUAUUUACUUUACUUUGCGAGGAUCUCGAUUCUGAUCACGAAGUUGUUCUGUUCCACACGGAAGUACGCUGGCUGUCCAAAGGCUACAUGUUGGCUCGCCUUUAUGAAGUGAAAGAAGAGGUAAUUCUUUUUCUUGAGUUCAAAGAAAAACACGAUUUCUUGACAGUGUUCGAAGAUGACACAUUCCAGUAG